GGUUGCUGGCGAGCCACACCGGCCCGCGUCACCGCUCUGCGCGCUCCCUGCACCUCCCCGGCUGCUUCAGCCCAAGAAAACGAAACCCAGGCGGCCCCGGCACCCGCGAUCGCGCCGACUUGGUGCUGCGAGGGCCGUGCUCGCCCCGCGCUCGCCCUGCGCGGACUCCAGAGCUGUGCGCACUGCGCGGGCGGCGGCUGAACCGGCACCGGGAGGGCGCGGGAGCCGUCAGGCCCCGGGGCUUCGGGCGCCUGCUGCGCGGCCUCGGCGGCGUUGGCCCUUUCCCGCUCGCAGUUGGGUCGCGGGCCCGGCCCGUGAGCCGCGCGCAGUAUGGGCAGAUGCUGCUUCUACACGGUGGGGACCCUGUCCCUGCUGCUGCUGGUGACCAGUGUCACGCUGCUGGUGGCUCGAGUCUUCCAGAAGGCGGUAGACCAGACGAUCGAAAAGAAUAUGGUGUUGAGAAAUGGUUCCGAGGUCUUUGACUCCUGGGAGAAACCCCCUCUACCUGUAUACAUCCAGUUCUAUUUCUUCAAUGUCACCAAUCCAGAGGAGAUCCUCCGAGGAGAAAUCCCCAUAGUAGAAGAAGUGGGGCCGUACACCUACAGGGAACUCAGAAACAAGGCAAACAUCCAGUUCGGAGAGAAUGGAACAACCAUAUCUGCUGUCAGCAAUAAGGCAUAUGUUUUUGAACGAAACCAAUCAGUUGGCGACCCUAACGUUGACUUGAUUAGGACAGUAAAUAUUCCUCUGUUGACCGUUGUGGAACUGGCCCAGCUGCCCCUCCUCCGGGAGAUCAUCGAGGCCAUGCUGAAGACCUACCAGCAGAAGCUGUUUGUGACCCACACUGUGCACGAACUGCUCUGGGGCUACAAAGAUGAGAUCUUGUCCCUUGUCCAUAUUUUCAAGCCUGACGUCUCCCCUAACUUUGGCCUGUUCUAUGAGAAAAAUGGAACUAAUGAUGGAGACUAUGUUUUUCUAACUGGAGAAGACAAUUACCUCAACUUUACAAAAAUUGUGGAGUGGAAUGGAAAAACGUCGCUGGACUGGUGGACCACAGACGAGUGCAAUAUGAUCAACGGGACAGAUGGGGAUUCUUUUCAUCCACUGAUAACCAAGGACGAAGUCCUCUACGCCUUCCCGUCUGACUUCUGCAGGUCGGUACAUAUAACUUUCAGUGGUUUUGAAAGUGUGGAGGGAUUGCCUGCUUUUCGGUAUAAGGUGCCUGCAGAAAUACUAGCCAAUACCUCCGAGAAUGCUGGCUUCUGUGUACCCGAAGGGAACUGCAUGGACUCAGGCGUGUUGAAUGUCAGCAUCUGCAAGAAUGGUGCACCCAUCUUCAUGUCUUUCCCGCACUUUUACCAAGCCGAUGAGAAGUUCAUUUCUGCCAUUAAAGGCAUGCGCCCAAACAAGGAAGAGCAUGAGACAUUUGUGGACAUUAAUCCUUUGACUGGAAUUAUUUUAAGAGCAGCCAAGAGAUUCCAAAUCAACACUUAUGUGAAAAAACUGGAUGACUUUGUGGAAACAGGAGACAUUAGGACUAUGGUUUUCCCAGUGAUGUAUCUCAAUGAGAGUGUUCUCAUUGACAAAGAGACUGCAAGUCGAUUGAAGUCUGUGACUAACACAACUCUGAUAGUCACCAACAUACCCUACAUCAUCAUGGCACUGGGCGUGUUCUUUGGCUUGGUGUUCACGUGGCUUGCAUGCCGAGGACAGGGGUCCAUGGAUGAGGGAACGGCAGAUGAAAGAGCGCCCCUCAUACGAACCUAAACGAACUUACCUGUCGCCUGAACUUGGUGAGAGAACGUGUGAGCUGCCCUGAUCUGGACCAGGACAGGGAAAACCCUGAAUCCUCUCAGGCUCCUGGCCUGUCAAGAAGAGGGAGAAGCUGAAAUGCUGGCAAGUGAGGAGAGCUUCCUGGACGGAGGGUAGUGAGCAGGGUGACAUGGCCGACCGGGAUGCUUUAUAGAAUCAUGUCUCUGAAAUUGUUCUAAUGUGUCUAGGAAGUAUCUAAUAAACUUGUGUAGAAACUUUGUGGUUGGGCUCUGGGAGCUGUGGGAUUUUGUGACCCCCAUUGUAGAUACAAAGUCUGCAUCGCUUGUUAACAUUAGUUGUUGACCUGACCUGAUUCAGUAUGCUUCGUUCUCCAAACUGUGUUCAAAAUAUAUAUAUGUAUGGCUUCCUGUU